AUGCCCAGUGAGGACCUGGGAAUGGUCUCGGAAGGGAGACGGAGCAAGUUGUUUCUCCCGGGCGGAGGCUGUGCGGUAGCCCGAAGCGUCGGGCUUGCAGAUACAAGUGCAUUAGGGAGCUUGCAAGAACUCUUGGAUUCUCCCCAAAAUCCUGACCAAAGAACCUUGGAGCUGUUUCACUGGAUCCUGUCCUCUAAGGCCUGGUGCAUCCACUCCACCAACAAAAACAAGUAUGAGACGAUCCGGGAACUGACGGGAGCUCCCAGCAUGCCUGUCCCAGUGCCAGACUUCCUCUUUGAAAUCACCUACUGCAAAGAAAUGAACGCCAAAUUUGAGGAUACUCAGGCGGGGAGAGACCUCAUCUACGCCUUCCACGGGAGCCGCUUGGAGAACUUCCAUUCCAUCAUGCACAACGGGUUGCAGUGCCAUUUGAACAGGACCUCCUUAUUUGGGGAAGGCACCUAUCUGACCAGCGACUUAAGCCUGGCCCUCCUCUACAGCCCGCACAGUCUGGGCUGGCAGCGAAGCGCAAUGGGCCCAAUUCUCAGCUGUGUUGCAGUUUGUGAGGUCAUUGAUCAUCCAGAUGUCAAGUGCCAAGUGAAGAAAAAAGACUCUAGAGAAAUUGACAGGAAGAGAGCCAGGGUGAAGAACAGCGAAGGGGGUGAUGUCCCUCAGAAAUAUUUUGUCGUUACAAACAAUCAGCUGAUACGGGUGAAAUAUUUGCUAGUAUAUUCGCAGAGGCAACACCGAAGACUUCCUGGUCAAUCGUGGCUCUCCGCACAUCGUUUUGCGGUGAUGAUGAGUCUCUACUUGCUCCUGCUGGUUAUCAUAGGGACUAGCAACUCACCAGCUUUCCUCUACUACUGGAACCGGAUUUUUGACUUCAAGCAAUGACACUUGGUGCACCUUAGGCUACUGGGGGGGGGGGGGGGGGGGGAAUAGAGGGCUGAUGAUCUUCACCAGGUGCCUUAACAAGGAGAAAUGUUCAGCUUUUUGUGAAUCCCAUCAUCCUGAAGAGUAGAACAAAACGGUGGGAGUUGUGACAGGAAUGUUUCAGUGGCCUUAAUUUUUCUGACUCUUUAUAGAGUAUUGGAUAGAUAGUUUCUACAAAAAGACCCAACUGAGGAGAACUGCCCCUUCCUCAGUCUGCUAAGGUCCUCACAACAAGAUCUCAAAAAUGUCUUCAGAGGCGAAGGGUGGCAGGACAAGGAGCGUUAGCCUUUAAAGAAGACACUUCAUCAUCAUUCUGAUGUGCUGCUACGAUUAGGUUUGUUCUUAACCCUGAGAAGAAUUUGUAGGCCUUCUUGGGAAAUCACACUGUGUUUAAUACCCGUGAUGGAAAGGGGUGUGGAUGGGGAUUUGCUCUCAUUUAAAGUGUGUAUUUGUAUGAUGAAAUGACUAGAUUGGAAACAUUCACGCCAUUUGUGAGCAAUAAUGACUAGCUGGAUUCAUGCAACGUACUUUAACCUGGUUAAAGGAAUCAGCCUUUUUCGAGGUUUGCAUAUUAACUCAGCCAAAAGGCUCGGUUUAUCCAAAUGGCUGAAGCUUCGAAAAUCUAACUAUGAUGAACACUAAACGCUCUCAGCAUCUUGUGCUCGGUCUUUGCCUGAGCUGCUUCAGUGUUGUGCGAAUGCAGCCACUGGCUACUUAACUCCUGGUGUGGUUUGCAGAGGAACUCAUACUCAGAAGCACAAAACUGACUUUGGGGCGGGGAUGCUCCCAGACUCAGCAACAUUAAGUUGGGCAACUAUGAAGCCUCACCCUGAGGUCUUCUACAGCAACAGAUUGUACCGCCAACAGCUGCUGCUGUUUGAUGUUUGUGAGCAGACCCUGCAUAAAAUAAAAAUUGCCGAGCACUUUGUCCAUGAAAAUCAUCUGUAGGAAGGAAAUUCUUGUUCCUUUGCCGAGAUAGAAAACAGAAGAGGCUGUGAACUGUCUGGUGCUGUUGCUUUCUCUUCCUCCUCUGCGUUGGUUCUUUUCUGGUCUGUGUUUCUCAACAUCUAGGUUUAAAAAAAGCCCCGAAAAAAACAUCUCCAGGAAGAUGGGAAGCCUGAUUUGCCCUUUGUGUGCAGCUUAUCUUCGUAAAAUAGCAAUAACAGCAUCUUGAAACCUGGAUUGUGGGCAGGACUUUUGAUGGCAUUGGAGCUGGUGCUAUCUUGACCCUCCCCGUAGACACCCCUGCCUAAGCCUCUAUGUUCACCAAGCACACUUCAUCAAGUCGCUGGGGAACUACUGGCAGAUUGAUUUGCACAACCUUGGUUGGAUUUUGGAGCUAUAACAUUUAACGCAAACCCUGGAAAAUAGGCUAUAUUCCGUAAUUGAGGGAAAUGUCUUUGUGCCACUCGCUUAAUCACAGUUAAACAAUUAAGUACCUUGAUUUGGGUUUUGUGUUGGUUUUGAGAGGUGUAAUGGGUUAUGCAAAUCCCAACUGCUUAGUUUAUCAUUCCUGCAGAAUGGAUUCAUUGGGUAAAUAGGCUAUCCCAUCAUGGUUGCAGCUGCCAUUUUGACUUUUCCCCAUCCUAUCUCCAACAUCCCUGGAUCUGUGCAAGUCAGUUGUGGUUGACUCCUUCCAGUUUUCCACUGGUCAAGUUAGCAACUUUCCCGCUCUACCAAAAGUGUUCUGAAAACUUCAAAUCAAUUUGUACAAUGAGAAACAGGAGAGAAGGGUAGUUUAGGUCUUAGCAUAAUGUCUGAAUCAAGCCAGUAUGAAAAUUUAUGUGAUCAAGCCAGUGAAGUCAACUAUAGACUUCAUUAAAAAAAAAAAAAAGAUUAUCCUAAGUUGUUCGUUUUUUAAAAGUUUCCCUUCGUUUAUCUGAAACAGGAAGAUAAAAAGAACAACAGGAAAAAAAAGCAGACCAGAAGCAAAACGAUAAGACAUAAGGGCUUUUUAAACCUGUAUAUAUGUAAAUAAAAUUUUACAUAAAGUUUCAAUAAAGGAUGACUACAAUCUAA